GGAGCGCCGAGGUGCGGACAGACCGGGGGCAGGAUGGCGGCGCGGCCUCGGCCGCUGUCCGGGGCCCGGCGGAGCGCGGGGGGAUCGGGCUGAGACGGCCCCGGCCCCGGCCCCGAGCGGUCUGAGACGACAGAAUCCAAAUUAAGUGAGAUGCGGUGGCCUUAGUCUCAAGUCCAGUGCUUGAUCUAAUGAUCAUCUGGUAUUUCUGCAGGAAAAGCAAAUCCUCAGGUUUGUAACAAUGUUCAGCACAUCCCAGUCGGCCCGAGCCCAGUUCCUGGACAAAGCACGUCAGGCCAGGGAAGAGAGGCGAGGACAGAAGGAAAAGGAGCGGGCUGCCGUGCAGAUACAGGCCCUGGUCCGCAGAUUUCUCUGUCGAUGUCGUUUACAGAGAGACAUUAGGAAAGAGAUUGAUGAGUUUUUUGACACCAUUGACCCAACUGGAGCCAAUAAAAGAAGUGCACUUUCUCUUUUUAAGAUUGCCCGGAAGCUGUUGUUCAUAUUCAGAGCUAGAGAGGAUGAGCUGAGGUUUGGAAUGUUGUGCCGUUGCAUCCUAAGCAGCAUGGAGGCUGAGAAUGACCCAAAGGUGUGGUACGUGUCCCUGGCUCUUUCCAAAGACCUCACUCUCCUUUGGAUCAAGCAAAUUAAAGACAUCCUGUGGAUUUGCUGCAAGUAUCUGAAGUACCUCAAGCCUGACAUCUUACAAGACUCUAAACUGAUCUCCCUGUACCUCACCCUACUCGUUAACUUCACAGACACAUCAACAUGGAAAAUUGUCCGAGGAAAAGGGGAGACCCUUCGGCCUACCAUGAACCAUCUCUGUGCAAAUAUCAUGGGACACCUCAAUCAGAAUGGAUUGUAUUCUGUUCUACAGAUCCUGUUAAGAAAUGGCCUGGCGAGGUCCAGACCAUCCCUGACAAGAGGCAUGUUGGCUGCAUCCUUUACUCUGGCUUCACGCCCCGUGAUUGCUGCUCAUUUUUCGGACAAUCUCUUACGACCAUUCCUCAUCCAUAUUAUGUCAGUGCCUGCCUUCGUGGCGCAUCUCAGCAUGCUAGCCCCCAAGCGCCUCGUUGUGCUAGAAUAUCAUGACUUUCUUCGUAAGUUCAUUCUGUUUCUGAGUCGCAAGGAUCAAUGUGUGGACGUCUGUGAGUGCUUAGAAGGGAGCCAUACUCUCUGUUUGCUGGGCAACAUCAUCCACCUGGGUUAUCUUUCAAGCAGAGUGUUAGAGGAGGAGACAAAGCAUUUUGUGAAAGUACUCAUUGAAAUGCUGUCCUACUGCCAGCAGUAUGUGUCCCUGAAGAGAUCUAACCUGACACACUGGCACCCUGUCCUUGGGUGGUUCUCCCAGUCAGUGGACUACGGUCUGAAUGAAUCCAUGCCUUUGCUCACCAAGCAGCUGCAGUACCUGUGGGGGGUAAGGAUCAUCCGCAUUCUCUUCCGAGACAUCCUGAGCAAGAAGCUGCUGGAGAAUCCUGAGGCCAGUCACGCGGCAGCCAUGCCAUCCACGUCCCCUCCCAACAGCCUUCCCGUGAAGAAUCUCUUCAAGCGUGCGUUCCAGAAGUCCUCGUCAGUUCGGAACAUCCUCAAGCCCAUCGGCGGGAAGCGUGUGGACUCGCCGGAAGUGCAGAAGGUCUGCAACGUCUGUGUGCUCUACCAGACUGCGCUGACCACCCUCACCCAGAUCCGACUGCAGAUCCUCACAGGCCUCACUUACCUGGAUGACCUCCUGCCCAAAUUGUGGGCAUUUAUCUGUGAGCUGGGCCCUCAAGGGGGCCUAAAGCUCUUCCUGGAAUGUCUCAACAGUGACAAUGAAGACUCCAAGCGGCUGCUGGCCAUGCUGACGUUAUUCUGUGACUGUUCCCGGCACCUCAUCACAAUUCUCGAUGACAUUGAGGUGUAUGAAGAACAGAUCUCCUUCAAGGUAGAAGAGCUGGUCACCAUCUCAUCUUUCCUGAAUACCUUCAUCUUCAAAAUGAUCUGGGAUGGGCUUCUGGAUGAGGAAACUGAGCUUGAGACCUCUGCCCAUGGUUCCACAGAUAACAACGCCAAGCCAGAGACCUUGGAGCUGUUCUUUUCAGUUCAUGGGUGGCUGAUGGUGCUGUAUGAAAGAGACUGCCGUCGGCGCUUUGCCCCUGACGAUCACUGGCUGCGGAAGGAUCUCAAACUCAGUGUGCUUUUCCAGGAACUGGAGAAAGACAGGAAGCGUGCCCAUCUGAUCCUGCAGUUCAUCCCUCACGUCAUUCCCCACAAAAACAGAGUGCUCCUCUUCCGAAACAUGGUGAUCAAGGAGAAGGAGAAGCUUGGGCUCGUUGAGACCAGCUCGGCAUCCCCUCACGUCACCCACAUCACCAUCCGAAGAUCCCGGAUGCUGGAGGAUGGCUAUGAACAGCUGCGGCAGCUCUCACAGAACGCCAUGAAGGGUGUGAUCCGCGUGAAGUUUGUCAAUGACCUGGGGGUGGACGAGGCCGGCAUUGACCAAGAUGGAGUGUUCAAAGAGUUCUUGGAAGAAAUCAUCAAGAGGGUGUUUGACCCAGCGCUAAAUCUGUUCAAGACAACCAGUGGCGAUGAGAGACUCUACCCAUCACCCACAUCCUACAUCCACGAGAACUACCUACAGCUCUUUGAGUUUGUGGGGAAAAUGCUGGGCAAGGCCGUGUAUGAGGGGAUUGUGGUCGAUGUGCCUUUUGCUUCCUUCUUCCUAAGCCAGCUGCUUGGACACCACCACAGUAUCUUCUACAGCUCAGUAGAUGAACUGCCUUCCUUGGAUGCAGAGUUCUAUAAAAACCUCACUUCUAUUAAGCGCUACGAUGGAGACAUUGGCGACCUGGGCUUAACGCUAUCAUACGAUGAAGAUGUGAUGGGCCAGCUUGUUUGCCAUGAACUGAUUCCUGGAGGGAAGACCAUUCCUGUGACAAAUGAAAACAAAAUUAGCUAUAUUCACCUGAUGGCCCAUUUCCGAAUGCAUACUCAAAUCAAAAAUCAGACGGCUGCUCUCAUCAGUGGAUUCCGCUCUAUCAUCAAAUCUGAAUGGAUUCGAAUGUUUUCAACACCAGAGCUCCAACGACUGAUCUCUGGUGACAACGCAGAGAUUGACCUUGAAGACUUAAAGAAACACACCGUAUACUAUGGUGGCUUUCACGGGAGUCAUCGAGUCAUCAUUUGGCUUUGGGACAUUCUAGCCAAUGACUUCACCCCAGAUGAGAGAGCUAUGUUUCUGAAGUUUGUGACCAGCUGUUCCAGGCCCCCACUUUUAGGAUUUGCCUACCUCAAGCCUCCUUUCUCCAUCCGCUGCGUCGAGGUGUCGGAUGACCAGGACACAGGAGACACUUUGGGCAGUGUGCUCAGGGGCUUCUUCACCAUCCGCAAGAAGGAGCCUGGGGGCCGUCUGCCCACCUCCUCCACCUGCUUCAACCUGCUCAAGCUGCCCAAUUACAGUAAGAAGAGCAUCCUUCGGGAGAAGCUUCGUUACGCCAUCAGCAUGAACACCGGCUUCGAGCUCUCCUAGCCCCACCCCAUCCUCCCCUCCCCUCCCCCCAAGGCCAGGCGGGCAGCUGUUUGCCCCCCUGCCCUCCCAGACACUCGUUCACGGCCCAAUGCAGGCAGGGACCUUGGGGGCACCCGGAGAAGGAGCAAGCGAAUGACCAAGGCCUUGAGAAGGCGGCCGGUGAUCACUUACAAAUAAAUACGAUCCGUGUUGUUGAAAAGGCAGGCCUCAAAAAGAAGAAAUGUCGGGUGUGCCCGGUGUGGGCUUGAAGCCUGCUGUAGGCUGGGACCUGUUCUGUCCUGCUCUCCCCUGACCUGAGGCCUGAGCUCUGUGUGUGGAUAUGCUUUGCUUCUGUCCUGUUUUGUUUUGUCCGUUUUGUUUAAUUGUCCGGAAUCUGUUCUGAGCGAGGUGGUGCGUUAAUGCCCCCAGCUCCAAAGGUCAGGAGUCAAGCCCUUCCCCAAGCCUGCUGCAUUAGAGCUACUCCCCUAAAGUUUCUUGAGACCCUUCACUCAGGUCAGGCUUUGUAGCCGUGAUGUCCUAAGCCAUCACGCACCGAGCAAAGACCCUCCACCUCCACCAGACACAAACGACCACUUGUGGGCGGCUGAACCCAUUGGCACUGGUGGGGACUGUCUCAGCAGCCCCAGAGAGCAUCAGCCACACCGCUAAGGACUCCAAGGCUGCUUUUUCCUGGGAGUUGAGCAAAGUGUGGACUCUUCUGCCUGAUGUGAUUGGGAAAGCUCUGGAGACUUUGCUCUUGGCAGCUGCUCACAUCCAGCCAGAAGGGCCUGUCCUGCAUCUGGGAAGCCGGAGCUCUGCACGACCCAUUUCUAAAUGAUUAGCUCUGAAAAGCCCCUCUUUCACCCAAUUAAAAGAAGUACUCACGCCUGAUGCCUUUUUACAGAAAUGCCACCAGAUUUUAAAUUCCAUCCUAGAGUCAGGGUUGACACUCACACCAUCUCUUCCCAUGCACAGCUUCUUUGAUCAGGUUAUCUCUGAACACUGGCACUCCCUCAGCAGAUAGAGCUGCCGUCCUGUCCCUGUGGCUUUGUUUUCCAUCACUUCUGACAUCCCUAGUCGCAGAGUAACAGCUGCCCUUGAGGACCAGCUCCUGCCCAAAGGUGGGCUCUGUUGUUCAUCUUUCCCAGCUGUUCUGUAAUGAAAAAUUGAGUCACCCAGGAAGCCACGGCCCAGUCCAGAUUGUCAGCCUCCAUGCCACAAACUUUGUAUUGUCAGAUGAAGCUUAGUUCAAUUAAAUUUAAAAUUCAAUGUCCCUACCUAGAUGAACAGCAGAGGACACUCGAUCUCCAGUGGGGGUGUGUAUCUCAAGUCUCUCUUGCACGGUGGCAUCAAUACAUUGAGUUUGUUCUCUCUACCACCAUCACAAGAAUGCUCUUCUUUUCAUGUAGCUGUGAGCAUGUGUGGGAUUGGGGCAGGUCCAGGGUCAGUGGGCAGCAGAAGGCCAUGUCCCCUCUCUCUUGAGCUGCCUAGGAGAUUCGGCAUGACAUAGCCACAGCGCUGAGGAGUACCUCCCCACCCAUCACAGGUAGCAGUGUCCUGGCUGGGGCAGUGUCUGCCCAGCCCCAGCUGCAGAGUUGGGCCAGGCGAGAGCCCUUCACAGAAGCAGUGAGGCAGCAGAAGGUGGUCAGGGAGUGGGUGUUUGAGAAGGAGCCUUGGUUACCUGACAGGCGCAAGCCUGUGGAGAGAGGUUCAUUUUGGGGACAAUGUCAUGAACAACCAAAUUUAAAAGCCACAGAUUCCUACCCCCCCACCCCCGCCAAUUUCCUAACAUUUGUUAAUUUUCUGAUCCUAACAAGUGAAAAGAUUUCAUCAUUUCAACCUGUGUUAACAUCACUUUUCGAUUCCAAUGAAGCUACUCCCAGAACAUACAUGUGUGGGCAUGGGGACUCAGAGUUUAAAAAGAAAAACAAAUUUGGUUUUACGACUGGAAGACAGAGCUCAACCACCAUCUUGAUUUUCAUUUCUAGUGAAUGGGGAUGGCAGGGGUAGGAUGGGAGUGCCAGGCAGGUCAGGGAAGGAGAGGGUCCAUGUCACUAUAACACUUUGAACACUUUUAAGUAUUGCACUAUCAAAAAUGCCGACUCUAUCUUUUUUUAGCCGAUGUACAAGCCACGAUUCUUGAGUAUUAGUACCUGAUUGCUGACUACAGAAAGUUUUUUUCAUAACUAACUUAUGUAUUAAGAUGUGAUCAAAGGCAUUAUUAAAUUUUUACUUCAUUGGAUGAUCA